AUGAGCUUGAAAAUUGCCACUUUAACAACAUUUUUGGUCACAUACACCAAGCUGAUUUAUUUCAAACUUCAAAGAUUACAAUAUCACACCUUAGUGGCUAAUGCUCAUUUGAGAGGAUUCACAAAUACAAUCCGAGCAGUUCACAGCCAGCUGGAUUUGGCCUUAAUCCGAUCUAAGACAUCAGUGCAGGUCCCUGCUCCAUAUGCUGGUAUCAUCGAGGAGCUCCUGGUACCUGAUGGAGGUAAAGUGGAAGGAGGAACCCCUCUCUUCAAACUCAGGAGGGCAGAAGUUGGUGCUGCAAAGCCUAAACCAGAAGCGCCUCCUACCCCCAAACCAGAUACAGCUCCACCACCUCCACCUCCAGCUGCAGCAGGCGCGAUUCCUACCACAAUGCCACCGGUGCCACCAAUAAAUAUGCAGGCCAUUGAUAGUAAACCUGUGUCGGCAGUGAAGCCUUCUGUUGGACACCUCACCCCGGCUGCAGACGUGGCGGUGAAAGGUCUCAGAUCUGAGCAUAGGGUUAAAAUGAACAGAAUGCGACUUCGAAUUGCACAGCGACUAAAGGAGGCUCAGAAUACUUGUGCCAUGCUGACUACCUUCAAUGAAAUUGACAUGAGUAAUAUCCAGGAAAUGAGAAAUCUACACAAAGAAACCUUCCUCAAGAAACACAACAUAAAGUUAGGUUUCAUGUCUGCAUUUGUCAAAGCAUCUAGUUUUGCACUACAGAAUCAGCCAGUGGUAAAUGCUGUUAUUGAUGAUACAACAAAAGAAGUGGUCUACCGUGAUUAUGUCGACAUCAGCGUUGCUGUAGCAACACCAAAGGGCCUGGUAGUCCCCGUGAUCCGAAAUGUUGAAACAAUGAACUAUGCUGACAUUGAGAAAGCAAUCAAUGAGCUGGGAGAGAAGGCCCGUAAAAAUGAGCUGGCCAUAGAAGACAUGGAUGGAGGUACUUUCACAAUCAGCAAUGGAGGAGUGUUUGGUUCAAUGUUUGGGACACCAAUCAUCAACCCGCCCCAGUCUGCCAUUCUUGGCAUGCAUGGUAUUUUUGAGAGACCAGUUGCAGUCAAGGGCCAGGUUGUGAUUCGUCCAAUGAUGUAUGUGGCCCUUACCUAUGAUCACCGUUUGAUUGAUGGCAGAGAAGCAGUGCUUUUCCUUCGAAAAAUUAAAGCUGCAGUUGAAGACCCUCGUGUGCUGCUCCUUGACAUUUAGACUCUAAUUGUUAUUUAAAGGAUAACAUACUCGAUAUGCCACAUACAUUUUCACAUAUUAAAUGUUUGUUAAACCUUUUUUGAUGUUUAAAAUUAUAAAUGAAUGUUAUAUGGACAGAUUGCAAUUCUGUAGCAAUGAUUUAUAAUAGAAGGAUAUUGCAUGUCAGGGUCCUAAUCUAUAUUUAGAGUAACUUAAUAAACUAGCAUGGCUAACUUAUCACUGAUCUUUUUGUUGGGGGAAGCAACUUUGAGAUCCCUCCCUCUUUUGGUAUUAAACAAACACAACUGGUAGUUACACUGCAAGAAAUUAUGGUGGACUGGUGCAAGAGCUGGAAAUGUCAUAUUGAUACGCUGUGUUUGCUGAUCUUGAGAUUGUUGCUAAGGCAAGUCGUGAAUCCUCUGACAGAUGCUGUUCUUGAUGAGAGAAUGUUUCACAGUUGUGGAGCAGUGCUAAAAUAUUUUCCUUUCCACCACUGAAACAAUUUUUAAAUGUAUUGCCUAAAAGGAGAAUACAUCCAGCAAUAUUGCUCCCCAUUCAGUUAAGUGCAGAGAGAAGGUAAACUCAUUAUCCUUGUUCUGGGACCUUGAGUUGCAAAAAUGUUACCAUUUCUGCAGCAAAAUUACCUAAAUUCAUGAUCUGAGAAUCCUUGAUUUUUAACUUUACAGUUUCCUGUGACUCACCAUGAGACCUCACGCUGACAGGAUUAAUGUGUUCCUGGAAUUUAUUUCCACUGUUUAAAAUUCAUGUUCUUUCAUAAUCAAGGAGUCUCAGAAGAUAUUUUGGAUAACAAAGGUAGACGAUGGGAUUCUACAUCUCAAACUAUUGUGAAACUUUCAUAUCCUAAAACCAGUUUGGAGAAUUUUGUCCAAUUAGGCAAUCUGAAUUGCAGAAGUACUCCUGCAGAAUAUGUGUAAAAGUGCACAGUUGCAUUUGAUAUCGUAAAGUCACGAGUUGCUUGUAGACUUGAGUAUAAAUUUACAACAUCAAAAUGUUGUAUUUCCACUUGCACUAAACCUAUGUAAGUUUUUCUUAUUGCUUCAUCUUUGUAUAAGAUUCAUUACUAUUUCAUUCUUUUCACCCUCCAUCACUCCUUUUUCUGAAAUGCUUAGUUGAAAUUAGGGACUUUAAAGCAUUUGUGCAUCAGAAACAUGAGAUCCUCUUUGUCACUGUGCUGUGCUGCAUAAUAUUAGUCCCCAAGCAUUGCGCCAUGGGACCACAUCACUACAUUGAGAACAAAGCAGUAUGUUUCAAACCAAACCAAACCAAACAACUUCUGGCUUGAAAUUAGUUCCUGCCCUCAGAAUUGAGCUAGCUUUACAGAUGGAUAAAUACGCACAAUUUUUUCAUCCCAUACAGUGCUGAGGUCUGCAGACAGUAUUAGAAUUAGUAGGAAUGGCAAACUUAAAUCACCACAUCAGGGUAUUAUUUAAAUUAACAGAACUUUGUAUCUUUAUAGUGUUUUUGUCAUGUAAGAAAAUAUUCCUGCACCCUUGAGUGAACUGAGUCCUUUAGAAGUAAUCAUUAGCUGUGAAGUAUUGCCUGACAUGCAAUAGCCUCCUUAUGUAGAUGGAUUAUAAUUGUACAAAUUGAUAAAUGGUUGAUAGCUGGCUCUCUUAUGAAAGUAAGGACAGCAAUCUACUAUUCUUCUGGAGAACAUGGCAGUCAGGGAUUUGCCAGUCUUGCACUGUGGUCAUAAGUAUACAAUACACGUAAAGAUUGAAAAUGAAAGGCUGAUCGAGUGGAGUUGAGUUGUAUUGUUUGGUGGUGGGGGCGCUGGUGGAAGCAAAAUGUAAAGCGCUGGGAAUGAGGAAAGAGAGAGAGAGAACAUUAAGUUUUAAUUUACAAGAUACAUGUGUCGUCUUUGAUGUUACUGGGCAUUAACUAAAACAAAAUGACCCAGGUGUCUUCCUUGCUGAGGACAAAUACAUAUAAUUGCUAAUACUGUUCCCAGUUUCCCUCAAACUUGCACAUAGUUGCCCAGCAGUGAUACUGAGUAUCAGUAUUACUUUCCUCAGAUUGUGCAACUUUUAAAUAUCUGAUGCAUGGUCAUGGCCAUGUUUUUACUUGUGGCACAAUCUAAUCUGUUGCGGUUCUGGCCAUGGGAGAUGGUUAGAUGUAUGUAUGCUUUUUAUUUAAAUUAUCUGCACCGCAGUGCGGUCAGUGGGAGGAAAGAAGCCAACCUGAGAGUGAUAAAUAGAUCCGUUAACCAAAAAAGAGAACAAAGUCUUAGAGGGUUAUUGAGAACUUGCUUCCAUACAACCUCUAACUCUUGUGUGCCUGCUGGAUGACUCGAGAUAUCUUAUACUUGAUUGUACCAUUUGAUCCACUCCUAGUUGGUGCUUUGACGUGACUUUCAUGACACUCGGGAUGUUUAGUAUUGCCAUGUACCACUCAGUUAUUGAAAUUCCAAAGAGAUUUACAUUUAUAACCGGGAAAUGAGGCAGUAAAGUUGGAAUGAUGCAGAGGAGAAAUUGUUAUGUAAUAGUUUAUUUGAAAACAAAAAUAAAUGUAUCUAACUGUU